GGAAGGAGCUGUCGGUGCAGGCUGCUGGGCGCUGCUUUCACACCGCGCCGUGCUCGGGGGCUCCGCACCAAUGGUCCUCAUCUCCUGUCUCCAGAGAUGCAUUCAGCUCAUCAUCUUGCCUGUAUACAUACUUGCCUACAUGGGUUUAUGGGACUCCUUCUAUAAGAAAGUUUUUCCACAUAUCAUGGCCAAGCUUGCACCAAUCUACAACCAUAAGGUCUACAAGCAGAAACAAGAGCUUUUCAGCAACUUAAGAAAAUUUGCCGGCCCUUCAGGCCAGCUCAGGUUGUUGGAAAUUGGCACAGGCACUGGCACCAAUUUCCAGUUCUAUCCACCAGGCUGCCGGCUUACGUGCACUGAUCCUAAUCCCAAUUUCAGACAGUUCCUCCUCAAGAACCUCUCGGAGAACCCACACCUCCAGCUUGAACAUUCGGUGGUUGCUUCUGGGGAGAAUCUGCAUCAAAUACCGGAUGGCACCAUGGACGUGGUGGUGUGCACCUUAGUGUUGUGCUCUGUAACCAACGUCAACAAAGUCCUGAAAGAAGUUUUGCGAGUGCUCAGGCUGGGUGGAGCCUUUUACUUUGUGGAGCACGUGGCUGCGGAUCGUUCCAGUUGGACCUACUUUUGGCAAAAGGUCUGUGACCCAGUCUGGAAGUGUCUUGGAGAUGGGUGUUCCUUGAGCAGGGAGACACAGAAGGACCUGGAGAAAACUAACUUCUCAGAACUGAACUUGAGGCGCAUACGUGUCUCACCACACUGGAAUCCUACUAGUCCUCAUAUCAUUGGAUAUGCGGUAAAAUGAAUGACCGUGAGCGCUGCAGGGCACACAACAUCCCUUCAGUAGCUCCUUUCACACUUUCUAUAGAGUAUUUUUCACUGAAUAGUAGCCUUACAGUCAACCCAUACGCAGCAACUAAGUAAUCAGAAUAAAAACAUGGAAAUCUUCCUGAGCAUCCAUAGCUCGUUCAAACUGAGAAUCACAUUCUUCCAUCUGUUAGACAGGUUUUCUGGAUGGAGCUCUCAAACAGAGCCGUGGCACACGGACCAAGCAAAUUGGAAACAAAAACAGAGAACGCAUUUCAGUGCGAUACAAAAUAAAGGAAGAGUCACCAUCUUAGAGCUGAGAAAGAGGAGAGGGAAGACAGGGAACAGAAGAUCUAUGCAAACAAGUAGAGAAAGCUUACAUCUUUCUAAUAGCAGAGACUAUUACUCAGCCUUUAAGAUUUCAGAUUCAGGACACAUACAUAAUAGAUAUAGCAUCAGUACAAGCAUUUUUCUUUCAGUCUUCCCAUUACAAAACACCACUAGGAGCCGGCGUUCAUUCUCCCAUGCCAGUCGAGUCCUCCCUUACUGGACUGUUUAUUUCAGGAAAGUGCCCAUUAGAGCACCAGUUCACUAUACAUAGCUUCCACUGGCCAUUAGAGGCUAACGCUGUCAGCCUAGAUUUAACUUACAACCUACAAAGCAAAAAACUGAACUUCUCCUUACGGUGGGAGAAAGCUGGCAUUGGUUAAAUCAGGCGACAGAAACCUCAUCUCAGCUGUAACAUGGUCUCUACUAAGCCAUGCUCUUACAGCCCUUUUGUCGUGCUCUGCUAAGAAGCUAAACCUAUGCUUAAACUUAAUGUUCUACUCUCCCUUCAGUCCAGAUUACACCUUUAAGAUGUCAAGUUUUUGUUGUUGUUGUUUUUUUUUUUUUUAAAGCCACACGUUUCAUUAGGAAUAUUUUCCAGUUAAACUUCCCCAGGACACCAGGAGAAGGUGCUGCUAUCUUGACCACUGUUUAACCUUCCUUUUGAUUUCUCACAGUAAAGCAUCUAAGAAUUAAAAUCUGGUGCAAAUGAUAUUUAAUAAAAGAAUGCACUUAAUGCCUCUGUUUUGUGCUCCACAAACAGACAACUGGUCUACACAGAAAGUACAUCUGAAGUAAUUCCCACUGUUUAGAUUUGUUUCUCUGAUGUAGUCAGCACGUGGUGGCGGUAUGAAGGUAUGACAAGAGAGUUUAGUAAUAAAGCAGUCUAAUAAUGA